UAUAUAUCGGGAAUGAAUAAUAUAUCUGUUGCCGACAAAAGUCCUUGUUGCCAACCGACAACGCAAAACGGCCACGAAGCAGUUGAGGUCCGCAACCCUUUCCAAGCUACAAAUUAAUGCUUCGCAUCACUUCGCGCUGCGCCAGCUACGCAAAUUGUUAAAAAAAAGCUGUAUUUAGCGAGAUGCGCAAUUUCAGUGGCAACUACAUAGUUGUGUCGCCAUACGAAUCCAAUCCAGGAGGCUAUGGCUGAAUGCAUGGUGUCGGCUAGUGUCGGCGAUGUUGGUUCUUUAUUCUAUGGUUGAAUGUGUUCUAUGGUAGGACCAUCAACAUGCGUCGAUUUCGUAUAAAAGGACAGAAGACAAGAUCCUGGGCACACGAGGCGUCCCCCGCCGUUGUGGCCGAGGCCGGGUACAUCGUCGUGAGCCUGGAGACCUGCGUUUUUAAAGAACUCAAUCCCAGCCAGACUGCACGCACCGUUGCAGUUUCGAGUCUCCACUCGCGUCCGCCGUCUCCGCCAAUCCUUGGUGUCCCAUUUGCAUGUCGCGCUGGAUCGCCAGUCGAGGCAUCGGAUAUACUUGAUGAUUCCACAGCAUCACCUGCCCGCCUGAGGGAAGGGGUGCACGGUGGCAUAAAGUCGGAACCAAAGUCCCCGUCACCCCUCCCAGGCAGUGAGGCGGCGUCUCCUGUCGAGUGGGUUGGCGAUUCUGCAGUGUCAUGGACAGAAGAAGUACAAGGCGACAUAAAAGCAGAACCAAAGUCACCAUGCCGUCUCCCUGAGAGCAGCGCGGUCUCUCCUUUUGAGUGCGUUGAUUCUGUCGAACUUGUUAGCACGCCACUUUUGAGUGCACUACCUUCCUCAAGUUUGCAAAGUGCUGACGACACUGACCUCACUUCGCUCGUCGAGCCAAGUCCAGCGAGUCGCCACCGCGUGCCUUCGGCGAUACCUGAGCAAAAGAUGUUUGCCGCAAGAACUUCGAUCCGUGGAAAUCCACACUGCGCAGGCGACGGCUGCGCCGACAGCGACGAGUUAAUGAACGUGGACUCGACGCCCAAGGUCAGCGAAUCAGAUUCAGAGUCUGGCCUCGGCUCAGACGAGGACGUGCCUAGCAGUAUGGCUAGCAAACUCUAUAGCCGCCUCAUCACGAAGCGCCGUCUAAACAAUAACGCUUCAUUACGCUACCGGCAAAGAAAGAAACAGGAGCUCAACAAGAUUGAAAAAGAACUUGCCAAGCUUGCUGCGACGAAUGCCAACCUUAAGUUGCAGGUACAGUUCAUCAGGGAUGAAAUUUCCUUCGUGAAGGGCCAGUUGCGAGGUAUAGCUAAAGCUAGAGAACCAAUGAAGGUGCACAUCACCACUUGACAUGUGAGGUAUGAAUGACACGUGAAGUAUGUGAGAUGUGAAGCGUUGAAGGUCCGGGCAGAAUAUGUUCCUGUUUCUGUUAGUUGCAUCGGCGACUACUGCAUCAGCUAGUAGGUAGUCAAGGGUGUGACGAAAAAUCAUCUGGCGAGGGAAGGUCACAGUAAAAAGAGAACCUCACCAAUUCAAAAUAAAGCAUAUAUUGACGUUUCGGUACCUUGAUCACAAAAUGAAAUGAAUAUCAGUGAGUGUACGCUUUAUUCUACCAUCAGCUAGUUCAGUUGAAGCGCUAGAACUGGAGUCGAAACAUGAACCAUCUCGCCUGUUAUGUGACUUGCAGCAGUGCUUAAUGUCUCGCUUCGAUCGAGGGGGGGGGGGCUCCCACGCAUACCUACGUGGGCUGCUCAUGUGUAUGUUCGUAUGCAUGAUGUACGUCUUUAUGUAAGUAUGCAAAUAUGUACAUAGGAUACACAUGUAUGUCAUAUGUAUUGCUAAUUGCCAGGCGAGCGCCCUGUAAUUGCCCUGUAAUUUUUGGUGGGGGAGCCCAGCCCUCCCAGACUGUUAAGACCUGAUUUGCAGGUUUUAACAAGUGUGUGCUGUCAAGAUGAAAAAAAAAAAAAAAAGGUAGACGCAAGACAAGCGCUAACUCGCAACUGGAGUUUAUUUGCAGCAGACAACAUCCAGGGUGUGCAGAUCACACUUUCCUCUAUCAAGGUGUGCACUUGCCAAAACCUGCAAGUAUGACCUAACUCACCUGGCAGCAUAUUCUUCUUGUGCUAAAAAAUUAGUUAUUGUGGCAAAGUUAGUUGGGCGAGUUUGCACAUCUUCGUGGAUACUAGUACAAAGUCGUACUAAAACAAGGUAGAAAAUGGGACAAGAUGCAAGCGAGCAUUCAUCCUGUAGUCUGUUUCUGUACUGCUUCAUGCUCAUCGUUUCGUAUUUGCAAUUAUCUUGUGAGUGAGAGAAGCAAAAUUGAUUAUGACAAUGAAAAAAAAGUUAUGUAGAGUGUGGCAGCUCCUAGAUGAAUUUGGCGUGGUCAGUGGUGCUAAUGCAACUCAAUAGCUGCUUUCCGUAGGCUGUUGAUGUGUUGUAGUUUGAGUUGGGCUCACAUUGUACAAAAAGUUCUCACAGCCUUCCAGAAGUAAUGUUUUGAUGUUUGUAGCUUUAGUGGGAUACUUGCAAAUGUAUGUUUGAGUUCUGUCUGUCUGCAUCAAUGUCACCCAUCUGUACAUGCACCAAGAUGUACACUGCAUAUGUAUUUUUUUGCUUUGUUCAGUUCACCCCCCCCCCCUUUUUAUUACUCAAUAUGUUUAUUUAUGUACACCCCUGUGUCAUCCAUGUUGUGUGCAUAAAUUAAAUUAAA